ACGGAUAACUGAUUAACAAAAAUAACUUUAUAUUGAUUUUCUGUAAAUAUCUAAUUAAUUAAGUCCCAAAAAUGUCUGCCAGCAAACCUGCAGGCUUCGAUUCCGACGAAGAUGAUGACUAUUUCGAGAUUGAUCCUGAAAAGAAUUUUGACGAUGAAUUCGGUCCCGAUUCUGAAGAUUGUUUUUAUGUGGCAGCAGCUAAAAACUCCCUUGAUCGUUAUUUAAAUGGAAUCAAGUUCGAUUACACUCUCGAGGAUGAAGAUCUCACUUUGAUGGAUAAAUUACUUGGAUUUUACCAAGAUAAUGGAGACAAAUAUUCAGCUCUUUUAGCAAAUGACGUAUUGCUUCAAGCAUUAGACCAGAAGAAAAACGACAUUUUCAACGAAAAUCCCUUUUCGUUCGUACUAAAAUUGCUCAUCAACACCGAUUUGCUCGACGAUCCGCAUGUAAAAAGUGUCCCAUUCAAAAUAAUCACCGUCUUGAAUCAAUAUCUACGUGGCCUGGAUCCCGAAUCGCUCAACACCUUACAAUGCAUGAUCACAGAUCACUUGAAACACGUCGCUUUCGAAAUCUCCUACAAACAUUUGGCGUUUUUCCGUGAAGUUUUGCAAGCGUUCAAGCUAAAAACGCGAUGUGACGCCAUCAAUGCGCGCUUGAAGGAAAUGUUGGCAGGUCGUGACUACAAAAGUGUCGCCCGCAUCGUCGACAGCCUCGGUUAUUGGAAUGAUUUUGCACCGGAAGCGAUCAUUAUUCCCUUGAUUUUUCGCGAUCAACUACAAGUCGCGGAAGAUUUCUUCCCGAAAAUGAGUUUGCAACGCAAAGAAGAGACUUUUAAACUUCUCGACUCAUUUUUCGAACACGAAUAUGCCGUUUAUCAGGCGUGCACAGCAUUCGCGAAGCAACACAAAAUCACGGGAAUCAAAAUUGUGAAGCUUGAUACGCAACCACUGCGAAAAACGACGGAAAAAUUACUCGAAUUGAGUGGCAUGCCAUUGGAAAAGUUGCCAAAUUUGAAUAGAAUUGCCAUGAAAGGACGUUUAAUGGCAAAUUUACGUCGCUAUGAGAAAUUUACCGAUGCCGAGAAUCGCUCUGCAUGCGAUCGAACCGUUAAAAAAAUCGUAAAAAUGGACGACAAAGAGAUGCAGGAGCUUGUCAUCGAGUUUUACAUGCAAAAUGGACAUCAUACCUUGGCGAAAGGGUAUUGCAAGUACUUCAAAAUCCCACAAGAAAAAUUUUACAAAGAAGAAAUCGCAGUUUUGGAUGAAAAUCACAACAACGAAGACCAAGAAAAGAGUAAAUUUCCUCCAUUUGUCAUCGAUUCACGUGUCAAAAUCAUCACCGUCGACGAUUCUUCUUCAUUCGAACGCAUGUGCUUCUUAUUAAAUCAGUUGAAAUUCGUUUCGAUCGAUGUCGAAGGUGAUUCCCGCUUCUCUUCCGCUGCUUUAAUCCAAAUUUCGACCAAACAAGAAGUGUAUAUCGUGGACAUUAUUGAGCUCGAAAAACGUCGUUUCGACAUCGAAGAAUGGAAAAUCUUGAAAAAAACGCUUUUUGACAACACAAAAAUCCUCAAACUCGGUUUUGAUUGGCACGCGGACAUUUUAAUGCUGGAACGGAGCUUCAACAUUGAAUUUGACGUCACGAACGGAUCGUACUUGGAUUUGAAAGUCGCUUGGGAGACCAUGAGAAAAAAUCCAAAAUUCAAAUUGCCCUUCGAGUAUGACAAAGGAGACGGUCGAAAGCAUCAAGAUUUGAAAACUUUCGUGGAAUUUUGCUUGGGAAAGACUCUGGACAAGUCUUUACGCACAAAAGAUUUUGCUAUGAGACCCUUGACGGAUAAAAUGAAGAAUUAUGCAGCAAUUGACGCUCAUUCUUUGCUUCACGCUUACUUUGAGUUCCGACGAAAGACGAGUUACUACGGUGGAGAUGUCAAAAAUAUGUAUUUGAAAUAAUUUUUGAACAAAAUUUAAGGAAAAUUUAUUAAAUUUACUUGAAAAUAAAGUAAAA